AUGCAAAAUUAAUUGAAUUAAGAAGACAAAGAUUAAAAUACAAAAUAAAGAAUAGAAACCUGUAAAGAAGUAUAAUAAAAUUGAUUACCAUUAAAAAGGCAUUAAAGUUUCUAUUUUAUGUGAAUAAUAAAUUGCAAAAAUCUAGUGAUCUAGAUCAAAAAGAUGUAUAUUAAAAAUCACUACUCAAAUGGAAUUUAAUGAAAAAGGAGGAAUAAGAUAAACAAUAAUAAAAAAUAGAGAACACAAAAUAAAAAGAGCAAAAUAUACUAAAACGUAUAUUAUAGGAAAGCGAAAGAAGUAAAGAAAUAGAUAUUUCAAAUUUAAAUUCUCUAUAAAAUGGUUACUUAUAAGUUUAAUAGAUAUCAAAUUAAUUAUAUUAGGAAUCUAAUUAAGAACUAAAUCAUUAAUCUAUUAUAUUAAACAAAAAUAUCAAUAAUAAUAAUAACUAAAAUAUUUAGGCUAAUGAAGUAAAUAUUGAUGAAAUUUAAGUUCAAUCUUAGAGGUUUGAUUAACAAAAACCUUCUAGGGAUUGCAGUGAUGAUGAAGAUUAUAUUCAAGUGAAUAAAAUGAAUUAUAAAGUAAAAAUGUCUAAAGCGAAACAAUCUAAAUCUUAAUAGAAAAGAGUUUUAAGUUUAUCUAAAAAGAACCAAUAAUAAAAUUAAGAACUUCCUCAAAAUGUUAUAGAUUCAUAUAAUUGUGAUAAUUAAAUGACUAUAGAUCGUUUAAAAGAAUUAAUGGAAAAUAUGCUAAAAGAAAGUGUUUGA